AUGCAGCCAGGGGCCACGACGUGCACGGAGGACCGCAUCCAGCACGCCCUGGAGCGCUGCUUGCACGGGCUCAGCCUCAGCCGCCGUUCCACCUCCUGGUCAGCUGGGCUGUGUCUCAACUGCUGGAGCCUGCAGGAGCUGGUCAGCAGGGAUCCAGGCCACUUCCUUAUCCUCCUGGAGCAGAUCCUGCAGAAAACCCGCGAGGUCCAAGAGAAGGGCACCUAUGACCUCCUCGCCCCCCUGGCCCUGCUCUUCUCCUCCACUGUCCUCUGUACUCCACACUUCCCACCAGACUCAGAUCUCCUUCUGAAAGCAGCCAAAACCUACCACCGAUUCCUGACCUGGCCCGUUCCUUACUGUAGCAUCUGCCAGGAACUGCUCACCUUCAUCGAUGCUGAACUGAAGGCCCCAGGAAUCUCCUACCAGCGACUGGUAAGGGCCGAGCAGGGCCUGUCCACUAGGAGUCAUCGCAGCUCCACUGUCACCGUACUGUUGCUGAACCCGGUGGAGGUGCAGGCCGAGUUCCUCACCGUGGCCGACAAGCUGAGCACGCCUGGGCACUCCCCGCACAGCGCCUACACCACACUGCUCCUGCACGCCUUCCAGGCCACCUUUGGGGCCCACUGCGACCUCCCAGGUCUGCACUGCCAGCUGCAGUCCAAGACCCUGGCAGAGCUCGAGGACAUCUUCACGGAGACGGCAGAAGCACAGGAACUGGCAUCUGGCAUCGGGGAUGCAGCUGAGGCCCGGCAGUGGCUCAGGACCAAGCUGCAGGCGGUGGGGGAGAAAGCCGGCUUCCUUGGUGCCUUAGACACUGCAAAACCUGGCAAGCUCCGUACCAUCCCCAUCCCUGUCGCCAGGUGCUACACCUACAGCUGGAACCAGGACAGCUUUGACAUCCUGCAGGAAAUCCUGCUCAAGGAACAGGAGCUGCUCCAACCAGGAAUCCUGGGGGACGAUGAGGAGGAGGACGGGGAGGACGAGGAGGAGGAGGAGGACUUGGAAACCGAGGGGCCUUGUGCCGAGAGGGACUCGCUGCUCUCCGGCGGCUCGGCAGCCUUCCACGACUCCACGCUGUCGCUUGCCUCAUCCCAGGCCUCGGGACCCACCCUCUCCCGCCAGUUGCUGACCUCCUUUGUCGCGGGCCUCUCUGACGGCAUGGAUAGUGGCUACGUGGAGGACGGCGAGGAGAGCUCCUUCGAGUGGCCCAAGAGGCCUGGCAGCCAGGAGCGCCGGGGCCACCGCAGGCCCGGGCAGAAGUUCAACAGGAUCUAUAAGCUCUUCAAGAGCACCAGCCAGCUGGUGCUGCGGAGGGACUCCCGGACCCUGGAGGGCAGCCCGGACAGCGCCCCGCCCCUGCGGCGGGCCGGCAGCCUCUGCAGCCCCUGCAGCCCCCUGGAUGGCCCGGCGCUGCCCCCCUCCCGGGCCCAGCGCUCCCGCUCCCUGCCCCAGCACAAGCUCGACCCCCAGCUGCCCGGCUGGCUCCUGGCCCCCGCCUCCCGUCACCGGCGCCGCUGCCCCUUCCUGAGCGGGGACGAGGACCCCAAGGCCUCCACGCUGCGAGUCGUGGUCUUCGGCUCCGAUCGGAUCUCGGGGAAGGUGGCCCGGGCGUACAGCAAACUGCGGCGGCUGGAGAGCAACCGUCCGCUGCUCACACGGUUCUUCAAGCUUCAGUUCUUCUACGUGCCCAUGAAGCGGAGCCGCGGGACCAGCGCCAGCGCCAGCCCAGCCCCUCGGAGCCAGACGCCGCCGCUCCCCACAGACCCCCUGAGGCACCCCAGCCCUGCGGAGCUGGGUGCAGCCCCCUGGGAGGAAAGCACCAAUGACAUCUCCCACUACCUCGGCAUGCUUGACCCCUGGUAUGAGCGCAACGUGCUGGGCCUCAUGCACCUGCCCCCUGAAGUCCUGUGCCAGCAGUCUCUGAAGGCUGAGUCCCGGCCCCUGGAGGGCUCUCCUGCCCAGCUGCCCAUCCUGGCAGACAUGCUGCUCUACUACUGCCGCUUCGCUGCCCGGCCGGUGCUGCUGCAGGUCUAUCAGACUGAGCUGACCUUCAUCACCGGGGAGAAGACGACAGAGAUCUUCAUCCACUCCCUGGAGCUGGGUCACUCUGCCGCCACACGCGCCAUCAAGGCUUCGGGUCCUGGCAGCAAGCGACUGGGCAUCGAUGGUGACCGGGAGGCCAUCCCUCUAACACUACAGAUUAUUUACAGCAAGGGGGCCAUCAGUGGACGCAGUCGCUGGAGUAACAUGGAGAAGGUCUGCACCUCCGUCAACCUCAGCAAGGCCUGCCGGCAGCAGGAGGACCUAGACUCCAGCACGGAGGCCCUGACGCUAAACCUGACAGAAGUGGUGAAAAGGCAGAACCCUAAAUCCAAGAAGGGCUUCAACCAGAUUAGCAUGUCGCAGAUCAAAGUGGACAAGGUGCAGAUUAUCGGCUCUAACAGCUGCCCCUUUGCCGUGUGCCUGGACCAGGACGAGAGGAAGAUCCUGCAGAGUGUGGUCAGGUGUGAGGUCUCACCCUGCUACAAGCCGGAGAAGAGCAGCCUCUGCCCCCCACCCCAGAGGCCCUCCUACCUGCAGGCGCAGGCCGCACCCGACCUCUGCUCCCUGCUCUGUCUGCCCAUCAUGACUUUCAGUGGCGCUCUGCCCUAG